UAACAAAACAAGGAGCGAAUUGGUCAGACCGUCAAAUGCGUAUUUUCGACUGCGACCGAUCUGAGUGGCUCGGAGUUAACGCAAACUGUUAUUUUUAGUUAAAAAUUGCAUCCGUGAAGUUGAACCUGGACCCCUGGGCUGGCAAAAUGUGGAUGCCCCGUCAACCGCGAGCAACAGCAACGUUCAGUGAUGAUGAGUGAUGUGAUGUGAUGAACACUGCAGCAGAUUCAAGCGAAGGCUAAUAACGACAGCAUUACUUCAAUCCAACCAAAAUAUAGGCCUACAACACACACACAACCGUAUAACCGUGCAUCCGAAAAUUGAAGCUGCAUCACGCCAGCACACAACCACAAAACACACGCACUCACAUACACACACACGCGCGAAUGCUCAGAGAGGACUUAACAUAAUUAAUAAACUUCAGUGAAUGCAAACUGCGAGAUAUUCGACGGAGAGCACUCGAAAAUUCGAAGACUCGCGAAGGACAACAACAAUGGCGCUGCCAAAGAAAAUUAAAUGUUUUAAAUAUUUGGUUUACAGUUAUGUAUUUCUUCUAGCGCUAACUGGAGCCGCCCAGAUAUUUUUGGGAACAUCCCUGUUGUGGGGACACUCGGUGUAUUAUGGAAUUGUGCAGAACAAGCUGUGGGCUCCAGCCGCGAUCCUCCUGUGCUUGGGACCUGUGACCUUCAUCCUGUGCUGGAUGGGAUGUCAGGCUACGAACCAAAGGAAGCGCUGCCUACUCGGAAUGUUUUCCGCACUUCUGGUGGCCUGCAUAUGUGUUCAAUUUAUUAUCUGCGGAUGGUCCUUGGCUAUGCGGGAGAACCUUCCAACUUCGGUAGAGAUUUUCAUUGACGAUUCCUUCGUGGAGUUCUUGGACAAAUUUUCGCGCACCAAAGUUGAUAACUUGCAUUUGUGGAAUAGGAUGCAGUCGCAGCUACAAUGCUGUGGCGUUGAUGGUCCUCUUGAUUAUCGUCGACUCUCGCUGCCCUGGUCCUGUUGCUCACGUCCGGAGCACGCUUACGAAUCUGCCUGCGAUACCCACUACAAGCGCGGGUGUUUGGCCGUCGUAUCGGAACAAAUCAAGAAUCGCUUGAUGAUAACCGCAUUCGGGGCUGCCAUUAUAGCUAUAUUUCAGAGCUUAGGGAUCUUCUGCGCAGUCCACUUGACCAUUCUGUUUGGAAAGAACGACAAUACGCACCCCAUAAAUAUGAACCGGAAAAAGAAGCAACAGCAAUUUUUACCCCUGACCAUACAGGACAAGCGGCAUGACCUACCAUCGCCCAUUAAUCUAUCACCAUCUGCACCAGGGCAGAGAGUUUUAAAAACUAAUCUGCCUUCGGCCAUGCAACACAAAUGACAGACGAUUAGCUUCUAAGAUUGAAAAUUUAUGAAAAACUCCAAAGAAAAAUUAUAAAAAAAAAACUAAAAAAAAUGUUGUAAACUGAGAUGGAAUGAAUAUAUAACUGUGACCCUCAAUGUUACGUUAUGGUAAUUUUAAAAAAAUUUAACGUUCGAGAAAAGAAACAACAUUUGAAUUUGGAUUGAUUCUCCAGUAGUUUAAUUAAAGCUUAAAAACAA